UUUUUAAAUCAGUUUAACUAUCUUCUGUUUGUCAAACAUAUUUAUGUGGUUUUUUGAACAACAGAAAAUAUGCUGAGUUCAUAUACGUUAAGAAAAUAUUCCACUUUUAGCACUUUAUUCAAAAAUGACGUCUCCAGUGAUAACAUUUUUAACGCUCCUCGUUCCCAUAUGGAGUCUACCAGCACUAAAUCCAACCCAGUCCCCUGGUGUCUACCAGCUCACCGAACCCGUAGACCAUUCAGAGUGUCCCAGCUGGGAUAAUAGAAACAACGUCCUUUAUUACGUCAACAUACAUCAAGGACAAAUCUACAGAUUCGACUAUCAACAAUUAAGAGUUGAUCACAUUACUCUCAACGGUGAAGUCGCUCCUGUUAUUCCUUCCAAAAGAGACCCGAAUCUCCUAAUAGUAGGUUUAGACAGAUCAGUCGCUGCCGUGGAAUGGGACGGGUUCUCAAAACCUAGUGAGACCCGAAUUUUGGCAUCUUUAUCUCCUGAUUUUCCCAACAGCAGAGUCAACGAGGGCAAAGCUGACAAACAAGGUCGCUUGUGGAUGGGUACCAUGGGCAACGAUGGUGCAAAUGGAACUCCUGACGAAGGCAUACUUUAUCUAGUGACUUGCGACAAUCUUGACUCUCCUCUAGUUGAGGUAGCUCCUGUCAAUAUAAGCAAUGGUCUUACUUGGAAUGCUGCCAACGACAAGUUCUACUACAUCGAUUCACCAACCUUACAAAUUGUCGAGUACUCUUACAACGACGAAACUGGUGAAAUCAGUGGUCGCAGGGUUGUUUUCGACCGAAGCGCUCACGAUGAUCUUCUUGGAGAUCCGGAUGGGAUGACCAUUGACGAAGACGAUAAUCUAUGGGUAGCGUUGUAUGGUGGCAGCGGAGUUAUCAAAGUUGAUUCUUCAAAUGGUGAUCUUUUGGACUUCGUAUCUCUUCCAGUUUCGGAUAUAACUUCAGUAAUGUGGGGAGGACCGGACUUGGAUAUGCUUUACGUAACAACUUCUAGGAUUAGUCUGACAGAUGACGAAAAGUUGCAACAACCAACUGCUGGGGCUGUAUUUGUUAUAACGGGCUUGGGAACAAAGGGACGCCCUACUUUCGAAGUAGAUUUAUUGGGUUCGAUUGACGAUGAGACAUGUGGUACCAAGAAAGUAUUGCGAGGUUAAGCAUAGACUAGAAUGUAAUGAAUUGCUAUAUUUAAAGAAGAAAAUAAAAAUUUAAUCAAAGCAUA